GCCCCCCAUGACUUCAGCUUCUUUCCUAGGCCUUGCCCUGUAGUUACUGCCAGAAAGCCCCCAAUCCCCUCCCUUAUGCCUACACGGAGUGAUGAAAAUGGAGUUCUUCUGGAAAUAGGAUGUUUGGGCACAUGCUGGGGCCUGCCCUGCCUGGGAUUUGGGGUGGUGAGACUUACCUAAUCUGUGGCUUAGGGCAGAGGCCACUGUGGCCUGGAGGCUGGGCUGAGGUAAAGGGAGUGGGGCAGGAUUCUGGGCUCUAGAGUGUCUUCUAGCUGCUUUCUAUCCUGUUGAUUUUCCAAGGCUCCUGAGAAGGGUUUUGUAGGUGUAUGGACACUCAUGACGUGGGUUGUGUCUGCUAUCUUCAGGAUGCCCAAGAAUUCAGUGAUGUAGAGAGGGCCAUUGAGACCCUCAUCAAGAACUUCCAUCAGUACUCUGUGGAGGGUGGAAAGGAAACACUGACCCCCGCUGAACUACGAGACCUGGUUACCCAGCAGCUGCCACACCUCAUGCCGAGCAACUGUGGGCUAGAAGAGAAAAUUGCCAACCUGGGCAACUGUAAUGACUCGAAACUGGAGUUUGGAAGCUUUUGGGAGCUGAUUGGAGAGGCAGCAAGGAGUGUGAAGAUGGAGAGCCCUAUUGCUCGGAGCUGAGGACCUCUUCUUGGAACUUGUUGGGGGUUUUGGGGGCAGGGGAUUUCCAGGGGCCUGGAAAUAAAACUCUCUAUUCCCCCCCA